CGUCAAAGUUUUCGAAGAUGGCCGCUCUCUAUUUGUAAUUUGACGUUUUGGUGACAGCUCAACGAAAAAUAUUAUCUGUGCUUUGUUAUUUGCUUAAACUGUUGACUUUUGAUUUAAUCUAAUAAAUAAAAAAGAGGCAAAAUGUCAGCUGGACCAUAUAAUUAUUCUUAUAUUUUCAAAUACAUUAUCAUAGGGGAUAUGGGCGUAGGUAAAUCGUGUCUGUUACAUCAAUUUACCGAAAAAAAGUUUAUGGCGGAUUGUCCCCACACAAUCGGAGUCGAAUUUGGAACUAGGAUAAUCGAAGUGUCUGGACAAAAAAUCAAACUGCAAAUUUGGGACACGGCCGGCCAGGAACGGUUCAGGGCUGUCACCAGAUCAUAUUACAGAGGAGCUGCCGGUGCCUUGAUGGUCUAUGACAUCACCAGAAGAUCCACAUACAAUCAUCUGAGUAGCUGGCUCACCGACACCAGAAACCUGACGAACCCCAGCACUGUUAUAUUCCUCAUUGGAAACAAAUGUGAUUUGGAGGGACAGCGAGAUGUUACAUAUGAGGAGGCGAGCAAAUUCGCCGAAGAGAACGGCCUCAUGUUUGUGGAAGCCAGCGCGAAAACAGGUGAUAACGUUGAAGAAGCAUUCCUCGAAACAGCAAAGAAGAUCUACCAAAGCAUCCAGGAUGGUAGAUUGGACUUGAACGCGGCCGAAUCGGGCGUUCAACACAAACCGUCUCAGCCUGGUCGCAACAAUCUGAGUAAUGAUCAACAGGGCAACAAAGAUAACUGUGCUUGCUAGUUAUUUUGUGUAGUAUUUGUAUAAAAUUGAAAUUGGAAAUCUCCAGUUGCUAUAUUUUAAAAUGAUUGGUGAACCUAUGAGAAAUAAUAAGUAUUAUAGUGAUAUUUUUAAGGUACACAUUUUAGUUAAUGGUUUUUAAUCGAAACACUACUUACUAUGUACUUUUACUUAGAAAUACUAGUACCAUAAGUCUACAUGUUUGCAUAUCUUUAGGGAUAUUUUAUGUAUUGUGUUUAUAACUGAAGAAAAAGUGAUCACUAAUCAUUUUAAUGUGGUAGUGCUCUAUUUACCUUUGACGUUUUAAUAUUCCGGUUGCAGAUCUUUUCAUUAUUAUUAUUAUGAAGUUAAUUGGGGCAUUAUCUUUGAACUAUUCAUAGAGGAUUUUAUGUUCAAGGCAAAAAAGCACUUAUAUAAAUGGAGACUAAAAUAUUUGUUUAUUAUAUACAUAUUAUUUAGAUCAACUGUCCAGGUCUGGCUUUAUUUAUUGGAGUAGAAUACUGGCGAAACUCCCUAGAUUAAUUUUAGUUUUGUUCUUUUUUUGUUACUAUUUAUAUUAUUAGCCUUUUAUUACCUGUUCAAAAGUUACAUUAAAAAUUGGAACUGGUUAAUAUAUGAAUUACUCUUGUAUCAUAACAUGACUUUGUUAAAUUAAAUAUAUCUAGGAGAAUGACAAUAUAAUUACGUAUUGUUUGUCUAUUUAAAAAAUUCUGUCAGGCUGUAAGAUUUUUCAGAUAUUAUUAAGUAAUAAUUUUUAUAUAGGGAUAAAUAAAGAUUUGCUGCAUUUUCUUUUAGUUUACAAUUCAAGCUUGUUUCAAAACAAUUCCAAAAAAAACUAAACAGCAACAUGUUUUAGUGAUGUAUGUUUGUAUGUGAUGUAUUUAUUAUUAAAUCAUAUAUGAAUAAUAUAGGUUAUAAGUUAACGAAUUUUGUAUUAUUUUAAAUGUUAUAUUUAUGAAUACAUAUUCUCUUAUGUU